CGAAAACUUUCACAAAUUGUCCCAGUCAACUUUUCGUUCUUGUCCAACUGCAAGACCAACAUCAUGCGCGGUGGUUGCUGUGUUGUGAGAGGGCUGUUGUUGGCGGUGCUUGUCGCCGCAGCGGCACAGGGCGUCGCAUCAGCAUCGUCGUCGUCUUUGGCUGCAUGGAUCGGACCAGGGACGAAGUGGGUUGCAGUGAGCAAUUGGCAAGACGGAACAACUCCGUGCGAAGAUGAUACCGUCGUUAUCCAGGCCAGUGCUGGAGACACGGCCGUCGUGCAGCUGCCGCCGUCGCAAGUUCGCGUCGUGCACGCACUUGGACUCGGCCCAUCAACCAUGCUCCAAGUGCUGCCAAACUCCGUGCUUGCCUUUGAACCACCGGACAAUGAGAAGGGCACGGAAGAGACGAGGGAGCGCGACGCGUACCCGUGCGCCCCGCUUGCCGAUCUUCGGGUGGAGCCCGUGACAGGGAGCACACUCCUUGUGACCUGGUCAAGGGCAGCAGCGGGAGUGGACCGGGUCAUUGUCAGCCUGGAGAGGGAAGAGGCGUCGGCCGGCCCACAGAUCCCCGCCCUGUCCACGACGCAAGAUGACGUUGCUGCCGGCCAAAUGGCGGUUCAUCGCCUGACUUCAGGCGCAGCGUACGCUGUGUCUGUAUCCGUACAGUACAAAGAAAAUGCAACCAGCCAUGUCCCGGUUCUCACCACCUCCGUCAAGAUGCCGCCCACAGUGUUCUGGAUUGGGGAUGGCGAUGACACUGCGGUGUGGAGCGCGGUCUCAUAUUGGCUGUACGGGUCUGACACGAGCGGCCAAGGCACGCCACUCCGCCGUCCUGCAUGCGACGACCACGUUGCUGCUGCCAAUGACAUCAUCGUUGAAGGCAACCAGCGUGCGGACAGUGUGUCGCUGAAGCCGAACACACAUCUCUUCAUUGCGCCCUCCUCAGCACUCUACUUUCCCUUCCAGGGCGGUGAAGGGGAAGAUGGUUUGGAGCCGUGCGAGCAGCCAACAACAACAACAGCAGCCACCACCACCACCACGUUCACCACCACCACCACCAUCGCAACAACUACAGAGGCGGCAACGACGCUUCCAAGCACCACCACCACCACUAACAACAACGACGACGACGACGACGACAUUCCUGAUGUUGACGAUGAUUUGGCCGCCACAACCACAACCACAACCACAACGCUGGAACCCGGCGUUGAUGUUGUUGUGCAGGCUGUUCUGCACAUUUCGCAACCACCAGCUCAUGUUAACACGAGGCAAUUGACUGCUGCCAUCGCCAUUGCGCUAGACGGGCGCUUGGAUACACACAUCUUCUCUCGUGGCGCUGUUGAAAUCACAGCCGUUCUUGCAGCGGCAGCAGGCAACAGCACGGUCCUUGUUGAGCUGCGUGUGCCACCGGAACUCAAGUCCGACACCAUCUGCACUCUUCCUACAUUGUUUGCGCCGUUCAGUGCAGUGGAGGCCGUGGUAUCCAUCUACACGAGCAAUCCCCACAUCUCUGUAUCUCUUGUCUCCCUCACUCGCUGUCCAGCGUGCAACUGUCCCGCCGGCAAGGCCACAUGUCCCGCUGGCUCUGUACUGCACAUCAUCACGGGGGAGUGUCUGAGCCGCCCAACAUGUGUUGACGGCUCCACCUGCACGUGUCCCUCCAACGGCGCACCAGAACUUGUUGAUGGUUCGUGGGUGUGCCGCGUGGAGACAGUGUGCUCGUCAGAGAAUGCGCGCUACGUGCCAGAGUUGGGCAUGUGCGUCGUCGAUGGCAACCCAUCCCAAGCCAGUGGGAGCACCGGCAGUGCAGAUCCAUCCAUCGCGAUUGGCGCCAGCGUCGGCGCACUCGCCCUUGUAAUCAUCGCUGUAUUUGUCGUCUGGCUGCGUCGCACCGCAAAGCCACGCACAGCCGUGCAGCUUGGCGACACGUGGAGCAACAAGAAUGCCUCGUCUCCGCCAUUGUCCUUUUCACCAUCGGGUUCGACGUACCACGCCAAUCCAAUGUGGCAGCCGCCCCCUGGUCAUGUGGGCGACACGACAGCAAGCGAGGCCGACUAUGCAGAUAUGAACGGCUUCACCGGCGCUGACGACUACCUGUCACCCGUCUCGGGUGCCUCGUCCUCCACCGCCACCAAUGGCAAUGCGUUGUCUGAACGCGCGCAGAGGAGUCCUGCCCACGCUCAAGAAGCUGUAGCGUCCAGUGGAGUUUACGCCACGCCAGCCUGGCAAGCAGCCAAGCAGCAACAGCACAACGGGGAGGCAAGACAAUUCCAAGCACCGCCAUCAUCAUCAUCAUCACUGCCUUCGUCACAAGCGGGCACGACACAGUGGCAGCGUGCAAACGUGUAUGGGUUGCGUGGGGUGUCAUCAGCAACGCCGCUGCCACCACUGCCGCGUCAGCACCAGGGCAGCAGGGUGGCUGAAGAGCCCACGGCCGACUAUGGGUUUGAGUAUGACGACAUGCCUUGCCAAACAACUGCAGUGCCACCGCAGGCACAUGCUCCUGGCAAUCAACAGCGGCCGCAGCCGCAUUUGUACAAUGUUGCGCACUCCAACACGCUCCACCCGUCGCGUGGUAGCAGCAAUGCCGUGUAUGACAACUGUUUGCCUGCUGUCACUGCUCGUGGUGGUAGCAGCGGUGACGGCGGCGAUGCCGAAGCCACAUAUGACACGAUUGAGGCACCAGCACCACCUCCCAUCGUUCCCCGCGCAAACACCAAGCGCAGCCAGCAGCGGCAGCAGCAGGGAUCAGUUCCUGCACGCCAUUACGAGAAUCCAGCGUACUCGCGGCGCCAGGACGGCGUCACGCUGAGGGCCCGCCCCCACACCUUGUUCGCUGACGGGGAUGAUGAUGAGCAGCAGGCAUGAUGGCGGUGGCGCUGCAGGUGCCGCGUGUGUUGUUGUUGCUGUUUAAGUUGUUGUUGUUUAAGUUGUUGUUGUUGUUGUUUAAGUUGUU